CUUUUGCUUUCUCCUCUUAUGAAUUAUAGUUAUUUCUCACAAGAAGAAAGACAACAGGAUUCGUGGAAUCUGGGUCUUGGAGCGGGCUUCUUGAGAGACAUGGGAGAAGAAUAUACCUGUCCUGUUUGUUAUCAAGACUUUUACGAAGAACUUGACAUUGCAAAAGCUCCUUUUUGUGACCACAUAUUCUGUAUAACUUGUAUCCUUAGGUGGGCCAGUAUAAGAGCCUCCUGUCCCCUUUGUAAAGCGAGCUUUGACUUUUUGUUUGUCGGGAAGAAACAAAAGAAUGCCUCUGUUUCCAACAUGGGUUGGGAGAAGAAGUCUUUGCAAGUUUUAUUCGAUGAGUUUUCAAGUAUACUUGUCCCUUUUUUGACAGAAGAAGAGGGGAAUAUCCAGUCUUCUGUUGUUUUGCGUGCUUUAUUGGAAGAGGACUCUCGUGAGAGGUGGAAUGGUGAAGAUGACUGGUUCAGUUGUGAAUUGGACCAACUAGAAGAGGCCAUUGAUCACGAGUUGUGGGAAGAAGAGGCCAUGUUGUGGUCAAAGACAUCAAAGAGUAUGCAGAGACAGUGUGGAAAUCGACCUUUUGGGGCCUCUGGUUAUAUUAAGAAUGAACGUCUUCGUGCAAAAGCUUGUUCUUCUUAUAGUGAAGGAGCUUCUUCUUCUCGUGGGAGUCAUACGUAUUCCAAGUGGCGAAGUAGAAAAAGGACAAGUUGAAGCUAUCAGCUUUUUUGUUGUAAAUAGUACUAUUCCAUCUCUUUUGGACUUUGUUUU